AAGUAGUAGGAAAAGAUUUUGCUUUACAAAAUGAAAGUAUGAAAAUUACAAAUACUUUACGUUAUUGUGCUGAUCAUCUUAAAGGUUGUUCUUAUUUUGCUACAAAACAUUCAUCUGAACAAAUACAAAAUAUUAUCAAUUUGGCUAUAUCUUCAACCUCAAAAAAAUGUGUAGCAGUGUUUUAUGCAAAAAAUGACAAUGAUGAUAAUUCAAUUUCAACAACAUUAACUCAUUUCACUAAUUUAUUAUUUGCCUCUAAUGAUACUUUAUCUUUUUUAAAAAAACAAACAAUGUUAUCACAAUAUGUUGGUCAACUACUUAAUACUUCUGAAGUUUCUAAAUUUGAAUGCCUUGUAUUUUGA